AUGAGGAGCUACAUAUACACUCUCGUCAAUGUCUCUGAGUGGGAGAACGUGCUGAAGGCCUGCGAGAAGCAUGCGGCUUUGGAGGACUUCACCCUUGAGCAUGCCUAUGCUCUGUAUCGCCUGAACCGGUUCCAGCAGGCUUUGCAGGUCUUGGACUCCAGGAAAGCAACAGACAAGGACGCCGCUGCAAGCAGGCUGCGUUUGCAAGCGCAGAUACAGUACCGACUGUCAGACUACGGCGCCUGCGCCGACGUUUACGAGAAGCUUCACCAGGAGGAUGCUGAGGACCACGGCCUGAUUGUGAAUGCGGUGGCCUCCUACGUGUCGGGGGAUAAACCGCGGCAGGCCAUGAACCUGAUUGCCAGAAACAAGGAAGCGCUUGAGUCGUCUUACGAGCUGUGCUUCAAUGCUGCCUGCGCGCUCAUCGAUGAGGGUCGGCUGAAAGAGGCCGAGGACAAACUGAGUCAGGCCAAAGAGCUCUGCACCGAAGAGCUCAUGCAGGCUGAGGAGAUCGGAGAAGAAGAUGCCGCGCUGCUGGAGGAUCAUGAGGAGCUUGCAGCAAUCCGAGUGCAGCAGGGGUGUGUGAUGCAGCGUCGGGGCCAGGAAGAGGAGGCCAAAGAAGUGUAUGACAAAGUUCUGCGACAAAAACCAAAUCAAGGCCACGAGGUAGAUGUGACGGUGCUCGCCGUUGCUUGCAACAAUGUAGUUGCCCUUCGUUCUGAGGGCAAGUCCCUUUUCGACAGCUUAAAGCGCAUCAAUGUGGCUUCGAAGGAAGGCUUGGAGCACAAGCAGACUCGCAGACAAACCGUCGAGAUUGCAUGCAACAAGGUGUUGUUGCUGCUCCAGGCGCAAAAGAUAGACGUUGCCAAGAAGGAGCUUGAUAAGCUCUGUGAAAGCUACCCUGACCACCCCCGGGUAGCUCUGGUACAAGCUGCGAUUGCUCACAGAGAGAAGAAGGGCAAAGUUUGCGAGGAGAUCCUGCAAGGCUACAUUGCAUCACAUGCAGAUGACCAGGAGGUCGUCUUGCCUUUGGCGCAGCUUUAUACCCAGCAGCAGAAGCACGACUUGGCUGUUGAGGUUCUUGCGAAAUUGCCUGUCAGCAGUCGCACCCAACCAGCCACAGUUGAGGCCAUUGUGAACCUCCACCAGAGGCAAAAGAGUCCUGACAAGGCCGUCGCCUGCCUCAGGGAGGCCAUCAAGUACUGGUCUUCACAGGAAGAGGAGUCAGAAACUUUGGCUCAGGUCGUUCGAAUAGCUGCAAGGCUGGCUAUGCAGCUGAAGGACAGAGCGUUCGCAGCCGAGGUGUACCAGAGCUAUCUUGAGAACAUCGACGGAUCUGACUACGAAGCGCUUUGCGGUCUCGUGCAGGCCCUCGCUGUGACGGAUCCUGAACGGGCCACCGAGUAUGCCGAACGGUUGCAGGUGCCGGCUUUUGAUCACCUGGAUCCUGAGGAGCUGGAAGCACAACCCAUACCUAAGGUUGGUGCGAUGCCGCGGGCUGAUCUUCGAUUGCUUACUAAACAGCUCAGUAUGACUCGUGUCAUGUGA